AAAUAAUUUGAGGAGAAAAAAUCGGUAAGAUCUAAACAGACUUUUCAGCAGCAUGGGUAAAGAGAGAAUUUCGAUGGAAAAAGCUAAUACAUCAUCAAGCAGUCAGAGUCAAUUUGGCCCAGCUCUUCCACCCUCAAUGAAUCAGUCAAAUACUACUCAACCUUCUGCAAGAGAAUCGUGGAUGCAAGAUUCUGAUUCAUUAGAUUUUCUGGGAUCUAAUACUUAUGAUAAGAAGGAAGCUAAAAAUAAAAAAGAGAAAACACCUGAAUAUGACUAUUCGGCACCUGGCCUUCAUGUGAUAAAAAAGUCGACUCUAAAGAACAAUAGACUGUUUUCAAGUCAUAAGGAGAGCUCUUCGAUUGAUGACUCGAAAAGCCAGCUUCAUAAAAUGAAAGCAAGAUUUAAGAACAACAAUAUCAAUGAUCACUCCAGUGAUAAAAGACCCAAAGGAAAUUCUUCUCAUUUUAGAGCACCUACUGAAAGAAAUUACUCACAUCAAAAUCGGAAAAGAGUCUCAAGAUCAAGAUCAAAAAGUCCUCGAAAAUCUGCCUCUUCUCGAAAUGAGGCUAGAGGACCUCGCCGGAGAUCUGGAUCUAGCAGUCCACGCAAAGAAAAAAAGCAGAGAUCUCGAUCAAAAAGUCCGGAAAUAAAGUAUAGAAAAAAUUCAGUGUCCAAAAGUGAUAACAAAAAAGACAGACAAAGAUCUCGAUCAAAAAGUCCGGAAAUAAAGUAUAGAAAAGAUUCAGUGUCCAGAAGUGAUAACAGAGAAGACAGACAAAGGUGUAGAUCGAAAAGUCCCAAGUUAGACAGAAAAGAGGAUUCCGGUAUUGGUCAUAAAGAAAUAGAUAUGACUAAGGGCAGUGAAAAAGAGGCUUCAGCAAGUACAACUGAUUCUUCGAAUGUCAAAUCAUCAGAGGAAAAAAUAAUUACCAAUGAUGACUUGAACAAGCUUUCAGCUAGGAUUCUAAAAGCGGAAAUCUCGGGUAAUGCUGAAAAGGUUACAAAGUUAAACACAAAGUUAGAAGGAAUGAAAAAGCUUAUGAAAACGCAGUCAUCAAGUAAACCCUCUGUCAGAGAAGAAGUAGUUGUUCUAACGAAAACAGAUUCUAAAGGCAAUGCUCGUCCUGUUGAACUUGACAGUAAUCAACUCACUGAUAGGGGAAAGAAACGAAGGAAGGAGAAGAUAGUAAAAACUCAUGAUGAUUCCGGCGAGAGAGACAAAUAUUUCCCGGAUGACAAAACGAAAGAUUUACUGGAUCUUCUGCAAGAAGAAAAAUCCAUUAACAAAAUAGGACAAGAUCAGCUUUUCAUGAAAUAUGCCGGCAAACUUUCAAAGAUGUCAUCUGAUAGACAAAACUGGACUAUUGAUGAUAUGUUUGAAUCCAAUAUAGCCAAGGAAAAGUCAACUGCAACUAAAGAUGCUGACCGAAUGAAAUCUCAGAGCCAAAAGGAGCAUAAACGGCUGGAAUCAUGUCAUAUGUGCCUUGAGAAAUGUUCUAAGGAUUCAAUUGUAUUUAUUGGAAAAACAUUGUACAUCAGAGUGCCGAUAUACAAAUCACUUGCAACAUAUCAAUGUCAAAUUGUACCAGUCAAUCAUAUUAUUGCAUCAGUAAACGGAGAUGAAGAUUUUUGGGAGGAGCUCAGAACUGUUAAAUCAUCAAUUUCUAAGAAAUUCGCCUCAAAGAAUUUGGAUGCCGUCUUCCUCGAAAGUGCCCAAAGAUUAGGGCAGAGACGUCACAUCUUUAUUGACUGUGUUCCAGUUCCUAUAGAGGAUGGUACUUUGUUGCCAGCUUACUUUAAGAAAGCUAUUCUAGACUGUGACGUGGAGUGGGCUCAGAACAAGAAGCUUGUAGACACACGACACAAAUCAUUGAGGAAAUCUGUUCCUCAGGGUCUACCUUAUUUCAGUGUUGAGUUUGGGACUGAUGGUGGUUUUGCUCAUGUUAUCGAGGAAGAGAGUCUGUUUAAAAGAUAUUUUGGGCUAGAAGUUGUGGGUGGAGUUAUAGAUUGUGAUGUUAAUAUUUGGAGGAAUCCUGCCAAGGAGACCUCUGAGGGUUUAAAGUACAAGAAAAAGGUGUUUGAGAAGUUGUCUAUUGAGUUUGAGUGAUGUUUGAUUUCAAGCAUCUGGACUUCUGACGUGGUUUAACUAAUUGAUAAUUUUAUUGUUUUAUAGCAGUACUAUUUGACGAACACAUUACAAAAUUAUUGAGGACAUCUAAUCAAUGUUAUAUUAUUGUCUAAAAUUUUUGCAUCAGCCCAAAUAUUGUUCC